UAGUAUUUACGCACUCUACAACACUGGAACAGCACAUGCGAUGGCGGCCGCACAACAAACAGAGUUCCAAAAGAAUUUUCGCCUUAUUGUGGAAAAGAUAUUCAACCACUGGCAAAAUCUCCGGCUGGCCGUGGAGCAUGGCAUGGGUGGACGCAAUGGCCAGCAGGUGGCCAUAGAAAUCAUGGACUAUACCUAUCAAUAUUGCGUGGCCAAUGAAAACAUCACCCAGGGCGAGCUACAGGAGGUCUUGGAGGAGCUGAUGGACCAGGAGUUCAACACGCUCUGUGAUGACAACUCCAUCCCAGAGAUAUGCCGGAAUCUCCUGCGAUACAAGCAGCUGGCGCAGCAGAAUCAGUAUCCACAGAUCGAGGCAGAGCUGAGCAAACUUCCAGCGGGCAAGGAGUGGUUGCGUCCGGAUGUAAAGAUCACCUACACGCCCGUAGAAGGUGACUCCUCUUCCGAGGAUGAUGAUGAUGAUGACAUGGAAGACGACGAUGAGGACCAAGAUGAUGAAAUGGAGGAUGAGGCGCCAACCAGCAGCGGGCGAAUGACUCGUUCGCAGGCCCGUAAACAAAAGGCUGAGGAGUUUGUAGAGCCCGAGGAUGGUUGGACCACAGUGCGGAGAAAAUGAAUUUGUUCAUUAAUUAAACAGCUUGUUAGUUUUUUA